CAUUAGCUUUUGUAUCUCUUAUACUAAUUAAGUGAUAAUUAAAUGGCAGAUUGGGCUCCUAUAAUUAUAGGCUUGAUCCUCUUUGUAAUUUUUUCUCCUGGAUUAUUGUUCCAGCUACCAGGCAAAGGCAGGGCAGUGGAAUUUGUGAAUUUCCAAACAAGUGCCAUUUCCAUUUUUGUUCAUUCUCUUCUCUUCUUUGGUUUUAUGGUUAUCUUUCUUGUUGCCAUUAAAGUUCAUAUAGGUAGUGGUUAA